AGUGAUAAGUAGCAGAGUUACUGUAACAAAUGUCCAAAAAAAAUCAUAUCAAAGUAAAAUCCAAACUUACCCAGACACCAAACGCUCAAAUUUGAAUUUUGGAUCUCAAAUUUUUUUGAAAAUACAUCUCAUUUUCCCGCUCAAUCUUUUUCCUUCAAACAAAUACAUCAAAACAAACCUUAAUUAAAACAUUCACAAAACCUUAAAAAACUAAAAAAAAAACACCCAAAAAAAGCAAAAUUUGUUACAACCAAGAUGUCGACGGCAGCUUCCGUUCGACGGCUAAAAGACCGCGGCGGCGCCGGAGUCAAAAUCACCGUGCCGCAGCCGUCCACCACCAGAUCGUCAACCCCACUUUCCACCAAAUCCGCCGCCGCCGUCGAAAGUCUCCGUCGAUCCACCGGCAAAGAAAAUCCAAGACCAAGCUCCCGUGUGCGUGCAGCAACGGCGUCGAUUAAUCAAAAACCGACGAUUCGCGCCAUGCCGAGAAUCGACAAAGCGGCGACAGCAGUAGACGGCGGCGAGUCACGUGCGGAGCCACGUGCCAGGUGGUCAAGUUCGUCGGUACCAAGAGGUAGGAGUUCUAGUCCAUCGGAGUUUACUAAGACUUUAUCGGAUAUUCGAAAAACAUCUAGGGUUUCAGGGAGUUCUAGGGUUGUGAACGAGAAAAUGAGUGAAAAUGGUAAAAGGGUAUUGAAGGAAAUGGAGAAAAGUGGUGAAAUUUCGGGGAAAUUUGAUCGAAAAGUUUCUAAAUUUUGUGAUAAAGAAGAGGUUAACUCAAGCUCAAUUUCAAGAAAAUCAAGUGUGGUUAGUUCAUAUGUGAAGAAUACUGCUUUAGAGGAGCUAAAGUUGAAAUCUUUGGCCGAUAAAAGCAGGUGUAUUGUUGAUUCUAAUGUGAAAAAUCGCGGUUUGGAGGAAGUAAAGUUGAAGUCUUUGGUUGAGAAAAGUGGGAAUGUUGAUCAGUCUCAUGUGAAAAAUUGCGGUUUAGAGGAGCUAAAGUUGAAAUCUUUGGUUGAGAGAAGUGGGGGUGUUGUUGAGUCCUAUGUGAAAAAUCGCGGUUUAGAGGAAGUAAAGUUGAGAUCUUUGGCUGAGAAAAGUGGGAAAGAUCUAAGAUUGUUGACAAAAUCAAGUAGUUUUUCUGGAGCAUCGAAGGAGAAAUGUGAAAAUGAGCAAGGGAAGGUUGGUUUGAGUGUUAAUAAGUAUCCGAGUAAGUUGCAUGAGAAGCUUGCGUUUUUGGAAGGGAAAGUGAAGAGGAUUGCAACGGAUAUUAAGAGGACUAAGGAGAUGUUGGAUAUGAAUAAUCCUGAUUCGUCGAAGUUGAUCAUUUCGGAUAUUCAAGAGAAGAUAUCCGGGAUUGAGAAAGCGAUGGGUAAAGUAGUUGAUGGUGAUGGAAAAGUAGGUUUGUUGAGUAGCAGUGAAAAUGAGAGUGUGAAUGCUGAUGUGAAGAUAUCCGGGAUUGAGAAGGCAAUGUGUAAUAUAGUUGUGAGUAGCAGUAGAAAUGACGACAUGAAUAUUGAUGAGAAGGAGGAAGCAAAACCAGCGGAUGUUGGAAAAAUUUCUGUGAAGGGAUUAAAUGUAGAGGAAUUAGAGGCGAGGCUGUUCCCUCAUCAUAAAUUGCUUAGAGAGAGGACAUCUCUGAAGACAUUACUGGGCUGUACCAAUAACGAGGAACUUGAAUCUGCUGAAAUAAUCAGUGAAGUGAAGCCCGAGAAGAAAUCUGUUAAUCCUAUUGAUGAAAAUCCUAUUGCCGUGGAGUUCUUGGCUUCUCUUAGUAAGGAGCAAUCUAAUGUUACUACUAGGUGUGAGCAUGCUGGUUUACAGAUUUCCAAUGUUCAAGAUGUGGAUGAUGCAGCAGCUUCGGAAAAUCAAAGCUCUUCUUCGAAACUGGUCAAAGGAAAAGAAAGCGUUGAACAUCUUCUGGCAAGUGAUGAGAGACUUGAAAGUUUUGAUGCUCAAGAGAAUAAACCAGAAAUGCUCAUGGAGGAAGAGACGGAAGAUAGUUCUAUAUGCGAGCUCAAUGAGAUUGGCCGUAAGACCUCUACUGGAGGGUGGUUUGUAUCUGAGGGAGAAUCUGUUCUCCUUACGCACGAUGACAGUUCUUGUUCCUUCUACGAUAUCGUGCACUGUGAGGAGAAAGCCGAGUACAAACCUCCUGUAGGAGUCUCAUCAAAUAUGUGGAGAGAUUGUUGGAUAGUUCGUGCUCCUGGUGUAGAUGGUUCCGCAGGGAGAUAUGUGGUGGCAGCAUCUGCUGGAAAUUCCAUGGAUUCAGGUUUUUGCUCUUGGGACUUCUACUCCAAAGAUGUACGAGCCUUUCAUGUCGAUGAUGGAUUUAGUAAUACAAGAACAGCCCUUGCUCCAUUACCCAAUAACCCAAUGUAUAGAAGAAAUGCUCUAUCAUCAAUUAUGUCACCUCAAAAUCAGCAAUGGUGGUACAAACCUUGUGGACCACUCAUCGUAUCAGGUGCUAGUUGCCAAAGGAUGGUCAGAACUUAUGAUAUCCGUGAUGGAGAGCAGGUCCUGAAAUGGGACUUACAAAGACCAAUGUUGUCUAUGGAUUACUCAAGUCCUUUGCAAUGGCGAAGCAGAGGAAAAGUAGUGAUAGCUGAGUCAGAGGGUCUUUCUUUAUGGGAUGUUAAUUCCAUAAGCCCUCAAGCACUGCUUUCUGUAUCAUCCUCUAGUCGGCAAAUUUCUGCACUACAUGUAAAUAACACAGAUGCUGAGCUCGGGGGAGGAGUUAGACAGAGAGUUAGUUCCUCUGAAGCAGAAGGAAAUGAUGGUGUGUUUUGCACUUCUGAUUCCAUCAACGUUUUAGAUUUCCGUCACCCUUCUGGUAUAGGUCUAAAAAUACCCAAGAUUGGUGCAAACGUUCAGUCAGUUUUCGCCCGUGGUGAUUCUUUAUAUCUUGGCUGCACUACCGUGAAAUCCGCUGUGAAAAGACAGGUCACCUCCCAAAUCCAGCAGUUCUCGUUGCGCAAGCAGAGGCUUUGCAACACCUAUGUACUGCCAGAAUCAAAUGCUCACUCCCAUUACAUGGCUUUAACACAAGUGUGGGGAAACUCAAACCUUGUUAUGGGAGUUUGUGGAUUGGGACUAUUUGUUUUCGACACGAAUAAGGAUGAUGCAUUGUUGGAUCAGAACAAUGGGCAGAAUUUGAGAGAAGCAAUUGGACCAGAUGAUUUGUAUUCACCUUCUUUUGAUUAUUUGUCAUCUAGAGUUCUUAUCAUAUCGAGAGAUCGACCAGCUAUGUGGAGGUAUAUGUUUUAAGGUUUAGGUAUCUUAGGUAUAGUUGCAAAUGUAUUUUCCAACUUAUUAUGCUUGAUGAUGAUGCCUUUCUAGUUUUUGAGGGCUUUGGUGUGUGCUCAUUUUUCAUGUGGAUUAACUAUAUAAGAUUUUCCCUUAAUAGCAAUGAAGUAUUGCUAGUUUAUGACUA